ACUGUUUGGCUUUUCCUAGCUUUUGGGCUUAUUUUCCAUCUACCUCAUGGCUCUUUUCAGACAGUCUUGUACCUGCAUGGUCUUCCUGAUGGUGACAGCAAUUCAUGUUCAGGCACAGAUAUCAGAUUGUUCUAUCCGUAAUGACAAUCCUCAUAUAGAGGAGAACAACCUUCCUGGGCAUGUGGUUAUCACUAUUGAGAAAGGCCCUGGUGUCACAAUCACAAUUGAUCCUGAAACAGAGCAUCCUGAAUAUUUUGAGAUUAAUGGCACACAGCUAAUCUUGAACCAUUCGUUGGAUUAUGAGACUACAUCAGCAAUAUAUGUAAGGCUAAAGUGCUGGGAUAAUGGUGCGGUGAUAAAUACUUUGGACAUAACUGUGUCUGUUAUCAACAUGAAUGAUAAUCCUCCUGUGUUUAAGGAAGCUAACAUCACUGUUAAUGUUGAUGAGGAUAUCAAAGUGAACACAAUUGUUGUGCCCCAGGCGAAUGUAACUGCUACUGAUGCUGACACUGACACUGUAUUUUACAACCUUACAGGAAAUCCACUGGAAGCAACUGACUAUUUUAAUAUACAAGGAGUUAAUAACCCAGGCAUAUACUUGCGGAAGGCCCUGGACUAUGAAAAAAUGAACUUCAUGCAGUUGACUUUAUAUGCCAUGGAUGGGCGUGCUGGUGCAUUAGGUGUUCACACAGCCACAGCAACAAUAACCAUACAUAUCCUGCAGGCUGACCUCAGACCUCCCUGGUUUCAGCCAUGCAUUUUCAUUGCAGACAGCAAAGUGUGUAUCAGUCGUGGCUACACUGGCAGGGUCAACAUCUCUGAGAUUAUGACUGGACCUUUGAUUCUGAAGCCAGGACCUCUCUAUGCUGUAGAUGGGGACGUAAGUUUGAAUGAAAAAACAGAGUAUCGCAUAGUUGAUGGAAAUGACAAUGACACAUUCUCAAUAAACAAAGAUACUGGGAACAUAACAAUGAACAAGCCUGUAAAUACCCUAAGAACAUUUGUGUUGUACGUCAUGGCUUCCCAAGUCAAUAAUUCAUUGAGAUUUUCCCAAACUACAGUGGAAAUCCAGGUUGUGCGCAGAAAUGACCACAAGCCCAACUUUGAGAAGGCUGCUUACUUAGGAACAGUGUCUGUGAACCUACCUAUUUCCAGCCUGGUCAUGGAUGCAGGAAUAUCUUCAAGACCCUUACAGAUCUUUGCUGCUGAUGAAGACUUUCCUGAUAAAGUCAAUCCUGAUAUCUCAUACCAAAUCCAAAACAGCACAGAUUUCACAGUUAGCCAAGAUGGAUUCCUCCUUACUACUGUGGUUCUGAACUCAGCCGCCACCAUAACAUUUUUGGCUAUUGCUUAUGAUAAAACCACUUUGGAAGAGGCAAGCACACUGAUCACUGUAGAUGUCACACCAUUGGCAAGUACAACCACUGUUCCCACAACUACCACCACUACAGCUGCCCCAAACACCCCUGAGACAAGGACCACUGUUGCAAAUCCCUCAAGUUCAUCAUUAACAUCGGGGAUAAAUAACACUCGAUCUACAACUCGUUCUGGAUCUUCAGCAAUACCUCCUGAAAGUACAACUAGAAAUGCUGGCUUUACAGGAAGGCCUGUAACAAAUACAGCAUCUGUCUCCAUCAUCUCUCCUUUGGUAACUACAAUAACGCCUCCCAUCAUCACAGUGAACACUUCACAGUCUCAGACCACCAGAUCUCCCAUAACUGGGAUAAGCCAAGCAAGUAGAACUAGUACUGCUGGUAUCACAGGAAGGCCUGCUACAGUAUCUGGAUCCAUCAUACCACCUUUGGUAACUACAAUAAAGCCUCCCAUCAUCACAGUGAACACUUCACAGUCUCAGACCACCAGUUUUCUUGUAACAAGAAAAAGCCAAGCAACAGUUGACAGUUUCCAAUCAACUUCUCAAUCUAUGACUGCCAUAACUACAACAGAUGUUAUUUCACUGUCUACUGCUAGAAUAACUUCACUAUUUGAAAGCAUCAAACCUUUGACAACAACCAGAGGGGCAGUUCAUUCCAGUGCUCACUCUUCAGCAGCAGUAAAAACUACCCAGACCACAAGUAUGACAUCUAGAUCUACCACAAGAAAUAUCACCUCAGCAACCACUGCAUCAUCAGCAAGCGCCCAAAUAUCAACAGAUAAUAGAUCAACAGGCUCUAUGUUCUCUCCAAAAACUCCAACAAUAGAUACAGCAACAGUUGAAUGUUAUUGUGAAGAAAAGGACAUGGUUAUUCUCGGUGCCACUUUGGGAAGCUUAUUAGCAAUUACCUUGGUCCUGCUCGGACUGAUCUCCUGCAAGUACUACACAACCACAAUGAAACAGAAAGACGGAGAAGACAGCGAACAACUCUCAUUGGGCUCCACCAAUCACAGCUUCCAAGAUGACGAGAAGCCUGAGUUGGGUGAAAAAGACAAUAAGUCACUUGUAAGUGAUGAGUCUGAGAACAAUGACCCAGUUACAAAGGUGCGGUCAGGCACCCCACCUCCCUUGCAGAAGGCCAUGGAAAGCAGUCAGGCCUCAUCAGGUUCUGAAGGAAUAGGGGAAGAUGAAGAUGAGGAAGAUGAUGACAGUGAAAAAGAAGUAAAAUCCAUUCUCACUAAAGACAGGAGGCUGGCGGAUGAUGGAUAUAAGGCUGUGUGGUUUAAAGAAGACAUUAACCCAGAAGCUAAGGAUGAUGUUGUGAUUAUUGAAGCUGACAGUGAUGCAGAACAGAACAGGAAUGACAAUGAUAGUGACAAUGGAGAUGAUGAAGGGGAGGGGGAUGACAGAGACAGUGGUAGAGGUGGCAUUGACGUGUCCUUCGUUCCAGGUGUCCUCUCAGAAGAUGAUCCAACUGGCCAUCUUUUUCACACUGUUUGCUAAAUUGUGUUCUUCAGGAUUAUUAAUGAGUAAUAAGCAUUAGAAAGGAACAGGCAUAUGUCAUGCUUUUCCCAGUAUCUUUAGCAUUUGAUUAUUGAUAUAUUUUAAGGAAUCAUUAUAAUCACUGGGACCAAGAAAAUUAAUAUGUACAGUGCCCAGGACUGUCACAAGACAUUUUUAUGCCUUAGGCAGAAAAUUCAGAUGCCACAUUCCCACACAAAAUAGGAAGUACCUCACAGAAGAAGUACUUUUUAUCACAGGUGUUUUGAACUGCCCUUGUUGCUUUUAAGCAAUGGCUGCUAUUCAUCUUGUGCUUAUCCUGUUAGUAGAUUUGAACUAGCAGAAGUCUGUAUGGGGAUCUGAUCAGCUGUGCUUGCAGGCAUGCCCAUAUACCAGGAAUCCACAAAGACCGCAUAUGCAAGAACAACUUCAGAGCAGUUCAACUAUGACAUAAACCACCUAGGGAGCAAAGCGAGAAGGAUUUUAACUAGGUAAAAAUAAUGAGUAUUGAUUGUUUGAUAGAUUCGUCUUAUUUCCACAAAUAUUUGAGUGCAUUGGAACAUCGCCAAUCCAACAGUUAGAUCUGGAUCCAAGAUUCUUCCUCUCUCUGCCAUGGACCUCAUUCAUGGUCUUGAUCUUAUCACUCUCUCAACUGCACUUUCCCAUCUGUGAACUUUGCCUGCAUCUAUACAACGAGGAUUCUCAGCGUUGUAUUCAGUUCACUGCCACUGCAAGUGCAUUCACUAUAUUUAUUCCCCACACAACACGGGAGGGCUUCUAUAAAUCAGCUGCUGCUGUGGCCAGAACAAUGACCAGUUCCUCCCCCCACCCCACAAAAAGCCUUCCAGUAGGGUAGCAGGGGAAAUGACAGCUGUGAGGGGCUAACAGAAGGGAAAUGGUGACAAUGUGGACAGGAUCUUGGAAAAUGUACAUCUUCUUGUUCAGGUGGCAUAAUAAUAACAUUCUUGGACUGCACUCUUCCCAGAAAGACUGCAGAAAAUCUGGUUUGGGAAUCAGCAUGCUGAGGACUGAGAAAUGAUGAGUGGAGCACAAUUAGAGCAGGAUGUCGUGUGAAUGCUCCAAAAAAAGUUCCAGUUGGAUGGCUGAAGUAGAAAAAAGCACCUGUGUGGAAGCAGCCUUAGAUUAAUAAUCUCAGUCAAAGUCUGUAAAGGUGGUGUUAGUGGUCCAACCCUCCCUCACAGCUUAUGAAUAUGGAUAUAUCAUAAGUCUUUCCCCCAUGUGCUUCAAGCACAUGGCAUGUUGCCUGGCUAGGCAGGAUUGUUCCCAACUCUGACUGGAGAUGGAAAAUUACUGAAACGUGAGUCAUGAAGCAGGACUUGCUAGCUGCCCCUCACCCCAGAGAUGUGCACAAAUAGACAAGGUCUUACAGGAGUUCCUGAGUUAAUCACCCACUCCCUGCUGAUCUUCCUUCACCCACCUUCCUAAUCAAGGCUACUCAGGGAUCUGAUAGCCCUUCUCAUCCAACAAUUGUGGGUCAUCAAUCACUAUUUUCACCUUUAGUUACACUCAGGAAAGUUUAAUCAAGCCUUUUCCAUUUUAUUGUCUCACCUCUGGAGGCAGCCAUUUAGCUAUUGUUUUUGAGGAGAAUAAGUGAUCCUGCCCCAGGGUACAUUCCACAGUAUAAUUGGACUGCCCUGCCAUGCGUGUGUGUAUACUGAACCCAUGCAUUCACCCUCAGAUACAUCUGAGCCCUCCCUUCUUCUCUUCGUGAAGCACUAGUCAUUUUUUGUUGCUGCCUCCAUGGAACUUUCCUCUUCAAGACUGGUAAAUAUAGCUCUCCCUGGAACUGCUUUUCCAUUUCCUCACUGAUUUCCUAGUUAGCCAUGUAUGUGUGUGUUGUGUGUGUUCUGUGCAAUUGUUCUUUUACUGCUCCUUUAAUAAAAACCACUCCUGUUGAACACCCGCCUGUUUAUUAGAGAGUCCUCUGAGAGAACGAUCCUGGUAUAUGUUGGUGGAGAUCCUGCUAGUUACCACCUCUUCCUGCAUCUCCUUGUAGGCUAAUUCUCCCAACUCACAAGAAGACCCCCCCCUCAUUUAGGGUAACAGUGGGGGCAAAUAGAUUAUUAAUGUGGUCCUAAGUAUACUUACUAGUUUACUGGAAUGGGAUUUACUUCCAGCUAAACAAGCACAGGAACAAGCUGCAAAAGUGCUAUUUAAAUAAAUAUCAAUAUAUACAUUUUCAUUUUAGCCAGUUUGAUGUAGUGGUUAAGAGUGGUGGGACUGUGAUCUGGAGAACCAGGUUUGAUUCCCCGCUCCUCCACUUGAAGCCAGCUGGGUGACCUUGGGUUUGUCACAGCUCUUUGGAGCUCUCUCAGCCCAACCCACCUCACAGGGUGAUUGUUGUGGGGAUAAUAAUAACAUACUUUAUAAACCACCCUGAGUGGGUGUUAAGGUGUCAUGAAGGGUGAUACAUAAAUCAAAUGUUGUUGAUGUUAUUUAAUACCCACAUUUUUUGGUUGUCAUUGUAGAAUUCUUUUGAAGAAAAUUAUACAAAGUAUUCUGGUUCUUAAUAUAGAAGUUGAAGUCCAACAUUAGAUCUGAUAUAUUGAUAAAAUAAAAUAAAAUAAAAUAAAAUAAAAUAAAAUAAAGAUGUGAUGGAAGCACCAAGAAGAAGAAGAAAUCUUAUCAAUUUGCUUAAUGGCUAAGAAUUAUUGGUAAAAGAGAAGAGAAGAAAUAAGGGGGGUGUAACAGAUUCACUAAUUUUCUUAUCAGUUUAUGUAAGAGGUUUUUUUAAAGAUCAAGAAUUGUCCUCCGAUAUGAUCGUGACAAUAAAUAAGAAAUACUGAAGGAGGGAAAACUCUUCAAUGAACAGAUAAAUAAUGGGAUACAGCACAAAGUCAAAAAUGACAAGUUGUGUUUGAGUUAAAAAAGGUAGACAAAAGACUAAUAUAUUCUAUGAAAGGAGAAUCAUAGUAGUCUAUUAUUAGAGGAAGAGAAAUGUUUUAAAGCUUAAUUAUAUGACUUGUGCAAGCUUGCUAUGAUAACUUCUCCAGCGGUGGGAAAGAAAUCAUAAAGAUGCUAUAAAAUGUUGAAUUAGCCUUUGUAAGAGGUGGAUACCUGUUUAAGACCUCAAAUAAUAUUACUUCAUUAAAGUCCACUAUAAAAAGUAAA